CGUUCCCACACACCGCCAUGCUCCGAUCAACCAUCUUGGCUGCCGUCGCUGCCUCCGCUGCCGCCUUUACUGCGCCAGCUGGCUUCCUCAGGCCCUCUGCUCGCGUUGCUGCCAAGAAUGGCCCUACCAUGCAGCUGUACAGGGAUGGACAGCUCCAGGGACUUGGCGUGAUCGCCAUCCCGGGAACUGAGCGCCCCAAGAACUUGGAUGGAACCCUCGUUGGAGACGUCGGCUUUGACCCGCUCGGAUUCUCUAAUUGGCUCAACCUGUAUUGGGCCCGCGAGGCCGAGAUCAAGCACGGACGUGUUGCCAUGCUUGCCGCGACCGGAAUGAUCGUGCAGGACUUGUACAAGUUCCCCGGAGUUCAGAAGACCUUCGGUGAUGCCGCCAUGAUGAAGCUCCACAACCUCGCCGUUGAGCAGGGAGCCAUGCAGCAGCUCCUGCUCUGGUUGGGUCUCCUUGAGAUCCUCACCGGCCUCCCCGCCGUCAUCCAGGGCCUUAAGGGCUCCGAGCGCACCCCUGGUGACUUCGGAUUCGAUCCCCUCGGCUGCGGCCGCAACCCCGAGACUCUCGCUCGCCGCCAGCUCACUGAGCUCAAGAACGGACGCCUUGCCAUGAUCGCUGUCGGCGGCAUGGUUCACCACUACCUCCUCGUCGGCCGCGGACCCAUCGAGUUCAUCAAGAACAUCCCCAACUUCAAGAACCCCCUCCCCCCUUUCUAAGUCGCUGUAGCAGAUUUUUAGGCGUUGAUUUAUUGAAAUAGUCACUCAAAACUGA